AUGAGCUCCUGGUACUCCAACCUCGUCACAAAGACGUCGUCGCAAAUCUCCAACCUCCGCUCGACGCUCCUCUCGAGCGAGGCCGACGGCGACACCGAAGACGACACCCACGUCUGCCGCGUCCUGCGCAACUACUACACCGAAAAGGGCCGCCCCUUCCCCGGCUGGCUGCCCCCAGACCCCAAGGCGCCGCCGCCGCAGAUGACGCAGGCCGUCUACGCCCAGUCGCAGGUCGGCGCGCGGUACGGCGGCCUGGGCGGCGGCCCGCAGCAGCCCGGCGGAGGGCUCAGCAGCCUCUGGGACAACGGCCCCGCGCAGCAGCCCGCGCAGCCGCAGGUGCCGCAGAGCCUGCGCGCGGGCCGGCCGGCGACGACGCAGCCGGGCACCGCCAGCUCGAGGGACGAGCUGCUCGGCAGGGGGCCGGCGCCUCGCGCGGGGAGCUAUUCAGGGCCGGGGCCGGCGCCUGCUGGGUCGGCUCAGGAUCGCCUGAAGCAGCGGCUUUGGGGAACCCGCACCACGAGCCCGUCUUCUACCAACGGCAACGGGCCAUUCCAGCCACCGCCCGGCGGGGGCUCGGCGGGUGCAGGCGGCAGCCAUCAUUCUCAGGGCAGCUACGAGGACAGGUUCGCCCCAGGGGGCUCCUACGAUAACGCCAGGGGAGGCGGAGCUGGAGGCGGAGGCAGUCAGCCGUUUGUCGGGGCAAACGCUCCCUGGUCAAGUCAUGGCGGAGCUCCUCACGGUGGAGGAGCUGCGAAUGGAGUACAGAGAAAAGGCCUUCCCAGCGGUCCACGGGGGUAUAGAUGA